AUGCCUUCUGUCGAACCAGAUCCAAAGAAAACACUUGAAAAGGCCAGAGCAGAUCUCGGUGCUCUGUUGGAGCGCGUCAGAUCCUCGCCUGACAUCGAUACGUAUCUUUCAGCCAUCCGGACAGCGAACGUGAAUCGCACGAUUCAUUUCGAUAAUCUCUGGACCAUCUUUCCUCCGGGAGAGUUGGUAUACGCAACGCCAUUCAUGAAGGAAAGCCAAAUCUUCAUUGUCAAGGAAUGCAGCAUCCUCCCCAUUGAUAUGAGUGAGUCUGGACGGACAAAUAAGGACACCCGCAAGGUCUGGGAUCUACAUUGCUGGAGUUAUGACUGGGACGGAAAACACUUCACACGUGUACCUGUCAUGUUUCGGUUCGAAGAGUUUGCAGGGGCUAAAGUCAUCGACACGCUCAAGUGUCACCCAUUACGAUUCAAGUUCCCAGAGGGUGACCCCAACUCUGAACGCGAAACGCUUGAAAAAAGAUUGAUUGAGCGAGGGAGGCUUUUCCGGAGCUUCUGUGCAAGGACUACUGGAGAGCAGAUGAUUUACUACGAAGGUGAAACCAUAUCUCAUGGUAGUGGCUUCCAGAGACUGAGGAACAAGCCAAAGCAGGCUUCCUCAGAUGACGACUUCUACAUGGCCUUUUUUGGACGCCGUCGCAGAAAAGAAGCACCGCCGAAGGCGUCUGAAAGAAGACAGUAUCAGAUAACUGGCCCAGUCAUGGUGGACUUCAGCUCGUAUCUCCAGCAUGCGCCCAACAUGGGUGCACAGGCACCUAUGGGUGACAUAAUGUCAUCGUACAAAGACGAUGAAUGUAACUGCGGGUCAUGCACGAGCAACAUUCCUCUUCGGGAGAACCAACGCCGGCAUUUCGAUAUGUAUGAGCUUGAUCGAGAAUUCACAAGCGACGAGCAGUACUUGUUGUGUCCACCCCGAGUACUCGGGUAUCAUCUUCACACGAGAACCUGGCUCGAACUUAACAUCCGUCACUUCAUUACGAAGGAAAUUCAAAAUGAUGACGCUUUCAAGAGGCUGCAAUUGGAUGGAAGACAGAAGGAUCUGAUUAAGAAGCUAGUUCAGAGCCACACGAGCAGCACACAGAAAGCGCCGAUGAUGGAAGAUAUUGUUCGAGGCAAGGGCAAAGGUCUUGUUAUGUUGUUGCAUGGUCCUCCGGGGGUGGGCAAGACUUUGACGGCAGAAAGCGUCGCCUCGUUGACAGGGAAGCCUCUGUUCGCCGUCAGCCCUUCGGAUAUCGGCCUUGACGCCACAGACGUAGAACACAACUUGGAGUCCCUGUUCGAGCUAGCAGCUAAUUGGCGCGCCGUUUUGCUGUUCGACGAAGCCGAUGUAUUCCUAGAGUCUCGCAGCUCGCAUAAUUCGGACCUCCAGCGCAAUGCAACGGUGUCCGUCCUUCUACGCGUACUUGAAUAUUACCAGGGCAUCCUUAUCCUCACGACAAACCGUAUUAAGCAGUUCGACAUCGCUGUCCUUUCUCGUGUCAAUCUUGGCAUCAAAUACGAACCGCUGGAACACAGGGACAAGUUGGCCAUCUUCAAGGAUUUCCUUAUGAGGGUGGAGAAUAGGCACGACAUAGAACGGCGUGAGAAAAUAAUUGAAUGGUUCGAGGAGGACAGCGAUGCAAAGGAAUGGUUCAAACCGCUUAAUGGCCGCCAGGUUCGAAAUGUCUUGUUCUCAGCAGCUUGUCUGGGCUCUUCGGGAGGCGACAAGCUUACGUUGGAGCACAUCAAGACGAUGGCGAAGUGCACAUUCAAGUUUCAGGAUAGUCUUUUGUUUGAGAUGGAGAAGUGGACGAAGCAAAAUGAGGCUGGUCGGCAUGAUCAUUACUGACAAGUCAUGAUAUGUGGUAUGAAUAUUUUCUACAGUCCACAUAACUGUCUCUCCUGAUUGACACAAUUCAAUUCCUAGAGGUUUUCCGCUUAUACUCAGUCUGAAUCAGAUUCUUGCUUUAACUACGGUUUUCCUGCCCUUGGUCUUUCAACUAUAUAAAUUGGUGCUAACCUCGCGUUAGUGUUGCACAGCUUACAAAGCCGGCCGUUAGCCUGAGUGAUUUACUUGUCU